AUGUCAGACGAGGAAGAAUCACACCUCACUGACAAGGAGAAAAUAGAAAUUGCCAAAUGGUUCCUCCUCAAUUCACCCGUUGGCGAAAUUCAAUACGUCGCCAAAGAUGUUAGGGAAGUUUUGAAGGACGAGAGAGUGUAUAGGAUUGCUGCUGCAGAGGCGUUUCCACUGUAUAACAAAUCGCACAUGAUAUGCCUCGGAUUUCCCGACAGAAGCGGUGAGGUUCUGGUUACAUCAUUUAAUGAGAUUGAUAAGAAUGAAUAUUUUGAUCCAAGGACUGCUCAGGUUGCAAUAGUUGACCAUGUGAAACAGGUUUGCACAGAUGCUAGACCAGCAAAUGAUGAUGAACUUCCUUCCUCAUAUAUUGAGGAAUAUCGUUGUGCUUUCGAUGCUGAAAUUAUCAAGUAUGUGAGUGAAGCAUACCCAAAAGGAAUAUGUUGCGUUUACUGUACUAAUGGAAAAGACAUGGAAGAACCAGGCUCCAAUUUUGAGUUUGUUGUAGUAAUUUCAGCUGCUAGACUCAGCCCUCAGAAUUUCUGCAAUGGAAGUUGGCGGUCAAUAUGGACAGUGGAAUUCAAGGAUGACAUACAACUUGUGGAAGUUAGAGGUAAAUUGCAGGUAGGAGCCCACUAUUUUGAAGAGGGAAAUGUCCAGUUAGAUGCAAAGCACGAAUGCAGGGAUUCAACAAUGUUUCAGUCUCCUGAUGAUUGUGCAGUCUCCUUAACCAAUAUCAUUCGCCUCCACGAAACAGAGUAUCUUAGUUCCCUACAGACAUCCUAUUCAAAAUUGCCCGACACCACUUUCAAGGACCUUCGAAGGAAGCUUCCGGUUACGCGCACAUUGUUCCCAUGGCAUAACACACUGCAAUUCAGCUUGACAAGAGACAUAUCAAAAGAACUUGGGAUUGGAAAGCAGUGA